AUGACGUCACAGCUCUGGUCCUCAACUCCAUGGGUCGAUUCUGGUGAUACAUGGCAUAAACGCCGUGUUCCAUACGUACAAAAUGCAACCCGCCUACAUACUCUCGACAUUUGGCAGCCAAAAUCUCUCCAAGGAUCUUCACUCCCAACAGCAGACGUGCUGCCUCAAGGCAAAGGCCCUUGGGUUAUCUACAUCCACGGCGGGGCAUGGCGAGAUCCACUCGUUGACUCGUCCUCCUUCGAAGCAACUGCCCUGAAGCUUCUGAGCGACAAAGACACACCCAUCGCAGGCGUCGCAUCAGUUAAUUAUCCUCUUUCAGGCCAUCCCAAUCAUCCUACGCAUCCCGCACCACCUCGCAAUUCCUCGGAGGCUGUUGAUGUUGCUCGACAAGCUAAGCAUCCUGAUCACAUAAUCGCUCUACUCAUGGCUAUCUCGUUUCUGCAAAAUGAUCUUGGAGUAGCUUAUGAUUAUGUACUGUCAGGUCACAGCUGCGGCGCCACCAUGACGUUCCAGACAUUGAUGAAUCCUGAUCACUGGCUGGGUACUGCAAAGGGAAUCUCAGUUCCAAAUGUGAAGAAACCUAGGGUCAUAGCUCCUCUGAACGGGCUAUACGAUCUCGCUGCCUUUAUCAAUAACCCACCAGAAUCUCACAAACAACUCCAACCACUGUACAGUAACUUUACGAAGAAUGCGUUUGGCGAUGACGAGGCAGUAUGGAAGGCUAUCUGUCCUACGAGUGUCACAGACUGGAGCGCAGAGUGGCCUGAAGGUAAAGUCGUCGUCAUCGCCCAGAGCAAAGAAGACUGUCUUGUCCCAUAUGCCCAGACUGAGCUUAUGAAGGACCACCUGAGAGUGACUUCUACGCUUGAGAUUAUUGAGAUGAAAGCUAGCGGUGAUCACAAUGAUCUUUGGAAGCAAGCUGAUGAGAUAGUAGAUAUCAUAAAGUGCGCGGUUGGAUAUCUAACCAAGCUCUGA